ACGAUAAACUUUAUUUACUGAUUAUCAGAUUGAUACGCAUAUUUUAAAAGCAAAGUAUUAUGUUCCAGUUUAAUUACCCUAAAGGAAAUGCAAUAUCUAUAAUUAUGCUUUCAAUGAGUCAUUAUUUUGUUGCUAUGCUAGCUUGGUAAUACUGUGGGAGUGUAUGGACCGUGCAUUGUGGAGUAGGAAAAUCAACGAUUGAUUCCACAUGUUCAACGGCACUUUUUAACAAAAUGCGUGUAUUCUAGUAAGUUACCUAAUUAUUAUAUAUAAUAACCUCAACAUUUGAGAUCCACGUGUUCAUACCGCUGAACACAGUCGCUACAACAAAGUGUGCUCCGCGUUUAGGGAUCACAGAAAUGAGCAAGAGAUCCUCACCAAGUCGGACCUCACGCCCAGCGCGUUAAGGGCUCAAAAAAAUUUAAGUCAUGUCUGUCCGGGAGGCCUUCAACCCCGAGAGCUACGAGCUCGAUGCAGCGUUUCGCCUCACGCGUUUCACCGAGCUGAAGGGGACGGGCUGCAAGGUGUCGCAGGAUGUGCUGCAGAAGCUUCUGGAACCUCUGCAGGACAGCCACUUCCAGGAGGAUGAGCAGUUCCUGGGGGCGGUCAUGCCCCGCCUGGGUAUUGGAAUGGACACCUGCGUCAUUCCGCUGAGGCACGGGGGCCUUUCUCUCGUCCAGACGACGGACUACAUUUACCCCAUCGUGGACGAUCCCUACAUGAUGGGUCGCAUCGCAUGUGCUAACGUCCUAAGUGACCUUUACGCCAUGGGCGUCACAGAGUGUGACAAUAUGCUGAUGCUCCUGGGAAUCAGUAACAAACUCUCAGACAAGGAGAGGGACAAAGUACUGCCUUUAAUAAUUCAGGGGUUCAAGGACGCGUCAGAAGAGGCAGGAACCUCGAUAACGGGAGGCCAGACGGUGCUGAACCCCUGGAUCGUCCUGGGAGGAGUGGCCACAGCAGUGUGUCAGCCCAACGAGUUCAUCAUGCCAGACAACGCCGUACCAGGAGAUGUUUUGGUGUUGACCAAACCCCUCGGGACACAAGUAGCUGUUGCCGUCCACCAGUGGUUAGACAUUGCGGAGAAAUGGAACAAAAUAAAACUGGUGGUGACGCAAGAGGACGUGGAGCUAGCCUAUCAGGAAGCCAUGUUGAAUAUGGCAAGACUCAACAGAACCGCGGCGGGACUCAUGCACACCUUCAACGCUCAUGCCGCAACGGACAUAACCGGAUUCGGAAUCCUGGGACACGCACAGAACCUUGCCCGGCAACAGAGGAGCGACGUGUCCUUCGUCAUCCACAACCUGCCCGUGCUGGCCAAGAUGGCCGCCGUAAGCAAAGCCUGUGGCAACAUGUUCGGCCUCAUGCACGGCACCUGUCCUGAGACAUCAGGGGGCCUGCUGAUCUGCCUGCCCAGGGAGCAGGCGGCCAGGUUCUGUGCCGAGAUCAAGUCCCCCAAAUACGGCGAGGGCCACCAGGCCUGGAUCAUCGGCAUCGUGGAGAAGGGAAACCGCACCGCCCGGAUCAUCGACAAGCCGCGGAUCAUCGAGGUGGCUCCGCAGGCCCCCGCACAGAACGUCAACCCCACACCCGGGGCCACCUCUUAGGGCAGGAUCAGGGGCCCUUGAUGACCAUUUUUUGGGCUGAUAUUGGGUGCUUCCCAAUACACUUUUGAAUAGGAAGAGAUGACAAGUGGAGGAAAGGAGAAUAUAUUUUGGGAUGCACCCCCUCUAGUACCAUCCUAGAGUACUUAAAAAACGAAUGUGUUGUGUUACUUGACCACCCACACUUUGGCCUUAUGGAAGGCCGGACAUGGACACCUUUUUUUUUUUAAACUAAAGGCACAGCUAAACUGCCUUGUAUGUUAUUUUUCUGGUACUUACACCGAAGUUGCUCCAGGCCGCGAGGCAGAGUCUAAGUUGGGAAUUUUAUUAUCCAAUACGGUUUGAUUCAUUUUGAAUCUUUAGACAUUACCUGUCUAUUGCUACAUAGGCCCCCUUUUAAAGGUGCUUUAACACGUUCCCAUUUACUCACAAGUAGCCUGAUUUUUCUCAGUUGUUUGUUCACUUUGUUUACAGUCAAAAGCCAGGAUGAGUGCACGAGUGUGUGUAAUGGAUGCCUUGUGACAUAGGAGAGUUUAAGAGAGCUGGAAAAGGGGCUAAACAUAAAGGUUUCUUUUAAACCAUAUCUUUCUCACUAUCCUGACCAUUCUGGGAAAUGUACAGUGCUAGCAUAGGCAAGGCCCCACUAUGAGCUGAAGGAUUCUCAAAAACUAUUAUAACCUGUAACUUAAUGUUCCGGUUGUGUGUGCGCGCGUGCGUGCGUGUAUGAUGUGUAUUUACUGUAUGUUUCUGCCUUGACCACUGCAGACGUGCAGAUUUGGUCUCGAUCUGUAUUUGUUUUACAGAGAAUGUAAUGACAGAAAAACUGCUACUGUACAAUACACUUGCUGUUUGAGAUAUGAAGUACACCAUUUUUUAUAGUAUAAUCAACAAUGAACCUUCCUGUGGUGAGUAGUUUGGUUUUAAAUUUGAUACUCCGUAUAUUGCCAUGUAAGCUUCCCUUCCUGUGUCCGUAAGCUCAUUUGUGUUUAGUUUGUCUCGACUGUCCUCCCCUUCUGUCCAUUCAAAUCACGUACACUCACUUCGCUUGUUCGACUUGCCAACACUGCAGCUGGAUGGUAACAUUUGCUCCAAUAAAUAUAUAAUUUUUUAAGGUG